CGAUCACUCUCCUCUGGCUCCUGAGUCCAGCUUACCUGAGGACGACUAUUGGAUGCCACAGCGAGAAGAGACACAGCUAAAGGGCAGGGAUCAUUGUGUCUCUUCCUCUGUGUACCCUUCAGGGCUGGGAACAGCGAGGACAGUGAGAGAAUUGAGCUCAGCCAUUGAAUUAUGCCAUUUUUUUCUGUGCUGUUGGUCGUAGUCCGGCUGUGAUCCUGCUGUGAUCGUAUCCCUAGAGCCCAGCAUGUGACUGUAUAACCUGCUGACAAUGUAUUGUGAUUAAAAAGGCCCAAAGAGGAUACGGGACUCUCCCAAGGUCCCAGGAUUAGAACCUGGUGUGAAGAGCAUGCUUCCGUUUGUGUGAAAGUCGGAGAGAGGAAUGUAUUUACUCACACAUAAAAUCUCUGGAAAGACACAAAGAAAUCUCUUUAACUGGUUACCUCUGGGCAAGGAAAGUUAGAUGGUUGUGGGAAAAUUAUGAUGACUUAUACCACUGGUCAGUUGAGUCAUAUUCAGACUUCUGGGCAGAGUUCUGGAAAUUCAGUGGAAUUGUCUUCUCACGCAUGUACGAAGAGGUCGUGGACAAAUCGAAAGGGAUAGCGGACGUCCCCGAGUGGUUCAAAGGCAGUCGUCUCAACUACGCAGAAAACCUUCUGCGGCACAGGGAGAACGACCGAGUCGCCCUUUAUGUUGCAAGGGAAGGCAGAGAGGAAAUUGUGAAGGUGACUUUCGAAGAGUUGCGGGAACAAGUGGCUUUGUUUGCAGCCGCGAUGAGGAAAAUGGGUGUGAAGAAAGGAGACCGGGUCGUCGGUUACCUGCCCAACAGCGCGCAUGCCGUGGAGGCCAUGCUGGCUGCGGCGAGCAUCGGUGCCAUCUGGAGCUCCACGUCCCCGGACUUCGGUGUGAACGGUGUGCUGGACCGCUUCUCUCAAAUUCAGCCGAAGCUCCUCUUCUCCGUGGAGGCCGUCGUGUACAACCGCAAAGAGCAUGGCCACAUGGACAAGCUGCAGCAGGUCGUUAAAGGUCUACCGGACUUGAAAAAAGUGGUGGUGAUUCCCUACGUCACCUCCAGAGAGAAGAUAGACAUUUCGAAGAUUCCAAAUAGUGUGUUUCUGGAUGAUUUUCUUGCAAGCGGAAGGGAUGAGCAGGCCCCACAGCUGGAGUUCGAGCAGCUGCCCUUCAGCCACCCGCUCUUCAUCAUGUUUUCCUCGGGCACGACCGGAGCGCCCAAGUGCAUGGUGCAUUCCGCUGGGGGCACCCUCAUCCAGCACCUGAAGGAGCACGUUCUUCACGGCGACACGACCAGCAGCGACAUCAUCCUGUAUUACACCACGGUCGGCUGGAUGAUGUGGAACUGGAUGGUGUCUGCUCUUGCCACGGGGGCGGCCCUGGUCUUGUACGACGGCUCCCCCCUGGUGCCGACGCCCAACGUGCUCUGGGACCUGGUGGACAGGAUCGGCAUCACCAUCCUUGGAACGGGUGCCAAGUGGCUGGCUGUGCUGGAAGAGAACGACGUGAAGCCAGCGGAAACCCACAGUCUGCAGACGCUGCACACCAUCCUGUCCACCGGCUCCCCGCUGAAAGCCCAGAGCUACGACUACGUCUACAGGUGCGUCAAGAGCAGAGUCCUCCUCGGCUCCAUCUCAGGUGGCACGGACAUCAUCUCCUGCUUCAUGGGGCAGAACUCCUCUAUCCCUGUGUACAGAGGGGAGAUCCAGGCCCGGAACCUGGGCAUGGCCGUGGAGGCGUGGAGCGAGGAAGGAAAGGCUGUGUGGGGAGAGAGCGGAGAGCUGGUGUGCACCAAGCCGCUUCCCUGCCAGCCCACGCACUUCUGGAACGACGAGAACGGGAGCAAGUACAGGAAGGCCUAUUUCUCCAAGUUCCCAGGGGUCUGGGCGCACGGCGACUACUGCAGGAUCAACCCCAAGACCGGGGGCAUCGUCAUGCUGGGCCGGAGUGACGGCACCCUCAACCCCAACGGAGUGCGCUUCGGCAGCUCGGAGAUCUAUAACAUUGUGGAAGCCUUCGAGGAGGUGCUGGACAGCCUGUGUGUCCCGCAGUACAGCAAGGACGGGGAGGAGAGGGUGCUGCUCUUCGUGAGGAUGGCCGCCGGCCACGCCUUCCUGCCCGGCCUGGUGAAGAGCAUCCGCGACGCCAUCCGCGUCGGCCUGUCUGCCCGGCACGUGCCCAGCCUCGUCCUGGAGACCAAGGGCAUCCCGUAUACCCUCAAUGGCAAGAAAGUGGAGGUGGCCGUGAAGCAGAUCAUCGCUGGAAAAGCCGUGGAGCACCGCGGGGCCUUCUCAAACCCCGAGACCCUGGACUUGUACCGGAACAUCCCUGAGCUGCAGGACUUCUGAGCCGCCCGGCCUGCGGUCUCUCGGCCACACGCGUCUGGACUGUGACUUGUAUGUUCAAGAAUUGCUUAGAAACCCCCGCUUUUCUGACGGGGGAUUCGCACCCCGUGUCUGUAGCUGAGGAAGAACCGUCUCUCUGUUCCCAGCUCCGUCUGGUGGGUGCCUGAGGCUCCACACGCUGGAGCGGGGUCCUGACCUUCAGAGGCCGAGAGGGAGCAGCCGGGCUGCGUGUGGCAGUGCUUUAGUUUGUAUGUCUUUGCACACGUGCUCCCACGUGCACUCCCAGAGGAGCCGGGGUCGUGUGUGCACACACGGUCACGCCGACGCCCUGUCGACUACAGGGUUGACCAGCAUUCUGGCGACAGCACACCCCUGAGGGGCGGCCUUGCCUUCCGCCUCGUACUUAUGGUUCCCCUUCGCUCUGUCAAGGCGCAAAUCUAUUUCUUCCCUGUGCAUUGGUCCCCAGGCUCUGGCCGUGUCCCUCAGGGCCCGUCGUCCCUCAGGGCCCGUCCAUCUGCUGUUGCACGUUGACUGUGACCAGGCCAGUCCCCGUGCGACUUGACAGCACCUUCUUUCAGCCGAUGGCUAGCACUCGGCGGCCACAGCUCUCGCGUUGUCGGUGUGUGAUGGAUAGAAUACAUGCGGUUCCUGGUGGAACUGUGUGUCACCCCCCAACCAAACGGCGCUUCCCAGCGCACAGAAAGUUCCCUCUGGAGAACGAGUGGGUUUCAAGCUUUAAUAGGAUCUCUUUAUUUUGUGGACAUUGAAUGGUUUAAAAAUUUUUUUACUGUUACUUAAGUGCGGGGUGUGUGGGUGUUUGAAGAACCGGACGUCCACCCUGGGGGGUGGUGUCGCCUUCGGGGGUCUGGUGACCCCCAGCAGCGGGUCACUGUGGGUCCUGUGGAGACUGAGCUGCCCCCUCCUCCCGAGGGCUCCUGGGGCCCUCACGUGGAAAUCGUGUGGACAGUGCUUGUAAAUUGAGUCGCAGGGUUGACAGCCGGGUGGUCUGUAUGUAAAAAAGUGCAGCAUGUUAACAGACUCCUGUAAUCCUAGUGUUCAUUUUUGUAUUUUUUUAAACUGAGCACAACGAAAUACUUUUCUGAAUCCUUUUUCCUCUGGAUUAUAAAAGUAUGGUGGAAAAGUGCAA